AAUAAGUUAUUUUGAUAAUUGCGAUGUGCGUGGCGUUGUAGGAAACAAUUCUGUUUUGUUUAUUGAAGCAAUAAUGCUCUGUAUUUCUGUACUUUGUCCCAUUGCGGCUGCUUUUAUAUUAGUUUUACUGACACCAUUAUUUAACUGGUACAUAAGUGUUUAUAAAAAUAAGAGUUUAAAAAAUAUACCUGGUCCGAAGCCAUAUCCAAUAAUAGGAAAUUCAAAUCUGUUAGGAAAGACUCCAAGUGAAUAUCUAAAAUGUCUAAUGCAUCUUCAAAAACAGUACGGCAACUUCUACAAGUUAUGGACUGGGCCCACGUUACGAAUAGUUAUAAAUAAGCCGGAAUACUUAGAAGAUUUACUCACAUCUAAUGUACAUGUAUCCAAAUCCGCUGGAUAUGACUUGUUUAAACCUUGGUUGGGUGAUGGAUUGCUAGUCAGUACAGGCUCUAAAUGGAAAAGUCGACGUAAAAUGAUUACUCCAACGUUCCAUUUCAAAGUUUUGGAGGACUUUAUGCAAAUAUUUAACUACCAAAUUAAUAUAAUGUUGGAUAAAGUUAUGGAAAAGGUUCGGAAAUGCCCCGGAGACACUCUCGAUGUAUUUAAGUUUAUUAAUUUGAUGUCCCUGGAUAUCAUUUGCGAGACAGCUUUUGGUACCUCAAUAGGUGCUCAAAAUCAAGAAAACAUAGAAUAUGUAGAGGCAAUAAAAACAUUUUUGGAAAUAUUUGUCUAUCGGUUCUACUCAGGUUGGAUGGGACAUCCUAUCUUCUUUAGAUUUUCCGAACAUUACAAAAAAUAUCACAAAACGGUAAAAAUUUUGCAUGAAUUUUGCGAAGAUGUUAUUAAAAAACGAAAAGAGAAAUUUCGGAAAAAAGACAAGAUAAAUGAGGAUGAAAAUGAUGGAAUAAAAAUCCGUUCGGCCUUGCUGGACAUGUUAUUGGAGGCCAAUCAAAAUGGAGAAAAUUUAUCUGAUGAAGAUAUUAGAGAUGAAGUGAAUACGUUCAUGUUUGAGGGACAUGAUACUUCAGCUACAGCAACAUGCUUCACCUUGUAUGCGCUAGCUCAAAAUCCCACAAUACAGGACAAGGUUUACCAGGAAAUUUGCGAAGUAAUUGGUAAUGAUCCAAAGGAAGAAAUAACGUUAUCACAAAUCAACAAUUUGAAGUAUAUGGAUAUCGUUGUUAAGGAGGCUCUAAGAAUAUAUCAGCCCGUACCAUUAAUUGAAAGAAACAUUGAUGCAGAUUGGAUAUUAGAUGGAAUCAAAAUCCCGAAAAAUACGACCGUAGCGAUUUUUCUUUACGGCAUGAAUCGCGACCCUCACGUAUUCCCGGAUCCGGAAACCUUUGACCCAGAUAGAUUUCUUCCGGAGCAGCAGACGACCAGACACAACUACGCGUAUAUACCGUUUAGCGCCGGGCCUCGCAACUGCAUUGGACAAAGAUAUGCCAUGUACAGUUUAAAAGCAACUGUUGCCAAGUUCUUACUGCAAUACAGAGUAACUGAGGAUCCAGGCUUUGAAAUGGAAAUUGGAACAUGUUCUGUUCUUAAAUCGAUGAAUGGUUAUAAAAUGAAAAUAUCUCUAAGAACAGAAAAAUAUAAAUAAUACUAUUUACACUAGAAAUGUGAUUCUUAAAUGUAAUUUUGUGACAAAAAAUUGGUAUUAUAGCUAGUGAUGUUG